ACGCUGAUCAACACAGCGAGUUGACAUAGUUGAGUGUUUCAAAGAUGGAGAAACUCGCCUCUUUGGGCAAGAAAGCGACGACGUCAGACGCGGAAGACCCCAUCCGAAGCUUCGAGAAAUGGAAAAAGAAGUACAACAUCACCAAGACUCGCGUGAAGCAGGAGCGUCAGGGCAGGAAGAAGCCUGAGUGGCAGGUGGAGCGGGAGAAGAUCGCCAGGCUGGUCGGCAGCUACAGCGACAUCAACACCAAAGACGCCAUUAAGUUCUCCGACUUCCCCAUCUCCAAGAACACCUUGCUGGGCCUGCAGCAGUGUCAGUACAGGCUGCCCACGGAGAUCCAGCGGCAGACCAUCGGCCUGGCCCUGCGGGGUAAGGACGUCCUCGGCGCCGCCAAGACGGGCUCAGGAAAGACGCUGGCCUUCUUGAUCCCCGUGUUGGAGUGUCUGUACCGCCAGCAGUGGAGCUCCCCGGACGGCCUGGGCGCCCUCAUCAUCUCCCCCACCAGGGAGCUGGCCUACCAGACCUUCGAGGUGCUCCGCAGGGUGGGGAAGAACCACGACUUCUCCGCAGGGCUGGUCAUCGGCGGGAAGGAGCUGAAGGCCGAGUCGGAGAAGAUCCACCGCACCAAUGUGGUCAUCUGCACCCCGGGGCGGCUGCUCCAGCACAUGGACGAGACGGCCGCCUUCCACGCCUCCAACCUGCAGGUGCUGGUGCUGGACGAGGCCGACCGCAUCCUGGACAUGGGCUUCGCCGACACGCUCAACGCCAUCGUGGAGAACCUCCCUCGCGCGCGCCAGACGCUGCUCUUCUCCGCCACGCAGACCAAGUCCGUCAAGGACCUGGCGCGGCUCAGCCUGAAGGACCCGGCGUACGUGUGGGUCCACGAGAAGGCCCGCUUCAGCACGCCGGCCACCCUGGAGCAGAGCUACGUGGCGUGCGAGCUCCACGCCAAAGUCAACAUGCUCUUCUCCUUCGUCCGGAGCCACCUGAGGAAGAAGAUCAUCGUCUUCUUCGCCUGCUGCAAGGAGGUGCAGUACCUCUUCCGGGUCUUCUGCCGCCUCAGACCGGGCCUGCCGGUCCUGGCCCUCCACGGCAAGCAGCAGCAGAUGAAGCGGGUGGAGGUCUACCAGGACUUCCUGCGCAAGAGCAACGCCGUGCUGUUCGCCACCGACGUCGCCGCGCGAGGCCUGGACUUCCCCGCCGUCAACUGGGUGCUGCAGUACGACUGUCCCGAGGACGCCGACACCUACAUCCACAGGGUGGGACGCACCGCCAGGUACAAGGAGGGCGGGGAGGCGCUGCUGCUCCUCCUCCCCUCGGAGGAGGAGGGCAUGCUGGAACAGCUCCGGAAGAAGAAGGUGCCCAUCAACAAGAUCCAGGUGAACCCGGAGAAGAUUCAGGACAUCCAGCAGAAGCUGCAGGCCUUCCUGGCGCAGGAGAAGGAGCAGAAGGAGCGCGCCCAGCGGUGCUUCGUCUCCUACCUGCGCUCCGUCUUCCUGAUGCGGAACAAGGAGGUGUUUGACGUCUUCAAGCUGCGGCUCCGCGAGUACGCGCUCUCCCUCGGCCUGGCGGUGGCGCCGCGGGUGCGCUUCCUCAACAGAGCCCAGGCGCAGCGGGCGGGGAAGGCGCGGGAGGCGGAGUCUGAGGAGGAGGAGGAGGAGUUGCGCAGCUUCACAGCCCAGCUGAGAGGAGGAGAUGAUGAGGUUGAGGUUAAAACGCUCCUGGGUGAAGACAGUGAGGAGGAGGAUGACCUCAAAGACUUGGAUUUUCUGACUCUCAAAACCAAGGAUGUGUUCAGCCUGGAGGAGAACCAGGAGAGCGAGGAGUCCGACUGCGGCCCCGCUAAAAGCACCCAAAAGCUCUCAAAGUUCAAGCAGGCCAAGAAGGUCCUGAAGAGGAACUUCAAGGUGAACACCAAAGUGUCUUUCACAGAUGAAGGACAAGCCAGGCAGGUCUGGCCUCCGGUCCAGCGCCCGGCCGCCAGCCUGGAGCAGGAGGAGGACGAGGAGGAGGAGGAUGAAGAGGAGGUGUCCGGCAUCAGCUUGGAGAAAGCCAAGGAGCGUCUGAGGAGGGAGGACCGUGAGUUCGACAAGCCCGAGUACACCCGCAAGGUGAAGGCCAAACACCGCGAGAGGAAGCUGAAGGCCAAGGAGGCCAAGAAGAAGCCUGCGCCGACCUCUGGCAGCGAGGACGAGGAGGAUGAAGUCAUUGCGUACCUGGACCAUGACGGCCAGGACCAGUUCGACCCCAGCACCCUGCCGGACCCUGACCGACGCUCCUCGGACGAGGAGGAGGAUGAUGAUGAUGAUGAUGAUGAUAACGCUCGGCCCGCCAAACGGCGCCACAGCAGUGACAGCAGCAGUGAGGAAGAGGAGGAGCCCCCAGCUGCCAGGAGGAAGAAGGAGGACCAGCACGCCACGCUGGACACGGGACUGACUCUGGCCGAGGAUGAGGAGCUGGUCCUGCAGCUGCUGGCUGGGAGGAAGUGAAGUGGACUGACUCUGACCCCGCCCACAUCAUCAUCGUCAUAUGAAUCUGACCCCGCCCACGUGUACAUCAUCAUCAUUGUCAUAUGAAUCUGACCCCGCCCACGUGUACAUCAUCAUCAUUGUCAUAUGAAUCUGACCCCGCCCACGUGUACAUCAUCAUCGUCAUAUGAAUCUGACCCCGCCCACAUGUACAUCAUCAUCACUGUCAUAUGAAUCUGACCCCGCCCACGUGUACAUCAUCAUCACUGUCAUAUGAAUCUAACCCCGCCCACGGGUGCAUCACCAGAAUCUGAUCCAGCCCACAUGUACAUCAUCAUCAUUGUCAUAUGAAUCUGACCCCGCCCACAUGUACAUCAUCAUCAUUGUCAUAUGAAUCUGACCCCGCCCACAUGUACAUCAUCAUCACUGUCAUAUGAAUCUGACCCCGCCCACGUGUACAUCAUCAUCAUCACUGUCAU